UUCGAUAUUGUUAUUGUUGACGAAGCUGGUCAAAUAAGCCAGCCAGCAAUAAUCGGGGCUCUUCUUACAGCGGACUCAUUUGUUCUAGUGGGAGAUCACAUGCAGCUGCCGCCUCUUGUGAGCAGUGAUCUUGCGGAUAUGGGAGGAUUCGGGGAGUCGAUGUUAAAGCGUCUUGCUGAAAAGCACCCAGAUUCGGUUUGUCAGCUUACUUUCCAAUAUCGAAUGCAUGAGGACAUCUGUCAGCUUAGCAAUGAUAUUGUGUACGCAGGGAGUCUCAAAUGUGGAAACGAUGAUGUUAGGUAUCGUAAGUUAGAUUUACCUGGUUUCCCGGAAAACAUGGGGAAUAUCGGCGACGUUGCAACUAAUGCAUGGCUAAUGCGCUCGGUGGACCCUGAUUUUCCUGUUGUCUUUCUGGAUACGGACAAAAUUCGACUGGACCUAUCGUCAAAAGGCGAAGGAUUGGAAGCGCUCGAACGGACGUUACGCAACAGAGAUGGGGGCAGCAUUGUCAACUACGUCGAGGCCCGUAUCGUCCAGUUGAUUGUUGAAGGUUUUCUUUCCUGUGGUAUUGAGGCUCAGGCAGUGGGAGUGAUUUGUCCGUUCCGGGCUCAGCUCCGUGUCAUGGACGAGUGUGCUUCCCUGGCAAGCUGGAAGAGCAAAGGUCUUGAAAUGAGCACUAUCGAUCGAUAUCAAGGCCGAGACAAGCCAGUCGUUGUAGUCUCAUUUGUUCGAAGCAACGAGAAAGGCCGAGUCGGUCGCCUUCUACAAGACUUCAGGCGUCUGAAUGUGGCCAUAACACGAGCAAAGUGCAAGCUUGUGAUGGUGGGGUCGUUUACUACAUUGUAUGCUGGAAGCAACGUUUUAAAGCCCGUUUUGAACCGUAUGCGAAACAAAGACAAUGUUGUUUCGUUGUCACCUAAUGUCUUCACCACUAAUAUUGACAGUCAGUGAUACCGCUGGUUUCAUGAAAUUAAGCGUUCCCGUUCCAAAAAGCUAUCUAAAAUCAUUAUGUAGUAAGGAUCUGGUCAUUUUGUUCG